GGAUGGAGUGUAUAUAAGUGUAACAGAUGUACACAUUCACCAGUCAAAACAAAUAACUGUUUGUAGCUAGAUUAACUUGGACGAACCAUAAAAUGGCUACAAACCAAUUUGUACCAGAAGCAGAAAGUGCCUUACCUUGUGGUACCCAAAUCUCGGAGCACAUUCGCCAACAACUCACUUUAUGGAAAAAGGGAUUCCCUAACAUUCAAAGAUCAUCUUUUCAGAAUUUCCAAAAAGAGUUUCAAGAAAUGCUGCAGAAAUUUUCAAAAGGCUUCUUGAGAACGCAAAGUAGCAAAGCACACCCAAUGGCAAUACUAGGCGACACUGACACUGAAACAGCAAGACAACCAGGUGGUGCUGAAAAUUCUAGAUCUUCUGCAUCAGCAAUUGAAACCACAGCUAACUUUAUCAUGCAAGCAACAACAAGCACGGAUCUGGAUGAUUUGGCAAUGCAAAACAGAAUAGAACAGAUCUACAAAAGAGCUGUUGAUAGUGGAUACAGUACCGGUAUCCCAGACAGCAAUGACCCUGAGCCAAUCGUUGACUUCUCAUCCAUACCGAAAGAGGACAUCAAAAUACUUGUUGAGCUUUUCUCAGCUGAUGAUCCAGAAACGAUCGAGAAAAUGAACCCCUCCCAGCUUCUCGACAAACUCUUGAAAUAUGUGCCUAGAAAAUUAAUCCACUACCUCACUAACAUUAGUACUACCCAGGCCGGUGGGUUACACAGUACCGAAUGUGAACAACGCCACACAAACUGUCAGCAUGCCAUACAUCUACAAUACACGUGUGUACAGUGCUCGAGCAAAAUUUGCAAGUCAUGUUGUCCAAUUAGCAGGCAAAUCUAUGGCUAUGGCAAAACCACUAAUGUGUUUAUAUGCGACACUUGUCUCAAGCAGUUUUAUCAGGAGCAUGCAAAGGAGUGGCAAGACAAAGCACACACUCUUAUCGAAGGCGGCAACCUUGAAGAUCUCAAAGCUGCAGUCGGCUGUAUUCAAAUAGCUCUGAGCCUCUUCAAAGAAGUGAGCUUAGUGGCAACAGGGCAAAAAUUAUUGCAGCACAACUAUCCUGAACUGGCACUGCCAUUUGCAUUAGCUGUUCAGCAGCAAGCCUCAAAAGCUAUUGAAAAAGUCAGAGCUAACAAAUUUUUGUCAUCUGUCUUCACAUCCCUUACCACAAGAUACGAUGAUCCAAAUAUACGCGAGGAAUUGCUAAUCGGAGCAGAGGAAGCUGCAUUGCUAGCCAAAAGUGAAGCCGAUCACCUGGAAGAGCAAAUUGCUGAUGCUCCUAGCCUGCAGACUGCAGUGGAUGAAAUCAAUCAGGAACUGCAACUUUCCAGACGACAAAAGGAGGACGAAGAAGCACGACAGAUCAGGAACCUAAGGCGAGAAAUCGAGAGAUAUUGGGACAGUAGAAAUCUUCGUGCAAUCAUAGACUUUAUUCUAUCACCAGAUGAUGAAAGUCAACACACAUUGAGACUCAAAGCUUUUGAGCAAUUUACACACAAAAUGGAAGAAAGUAUCUCAAAAAUGCGUUCUGAUGAUCGCUACAGCUUGAUCUUCUUUCGUGGAGUCUUAAAACUUUUGAAAAAACAACUUGUGGAAGGUAUUUUGGACAUUGAACAAGUUGCUUGGCAAUAUUAUUCAGUGCAACUCCUCAGAAACGAGUCAAUAAAUAUCCUACACUCACUGCUUACAACCCAGCCAUCUAUCUUCACGCUAAAUGGCCUCUAUAACAUUUGUACACAGCCGCAAAAGCUUCUGACCUCUAAAGGAAUAUACAAUGACCCUUCUCUACGUGAACUACAGUUAUUUACGAUGGAUGAAGAUAAACUAACCCCGCCAUUCAAAGAGCAAUGGUCUGAUUGUGAACUAAGCGCCACUGCUCUAACUCACCGCAAAUGUGAAGCGGCAUUUGCUAAACAGAUUCAAGAGAAAAAAUGGGGACCACAAGAUGUAGGCUUUGCAUACAUCGACUAUACACAAAGAUGUGUACACAAAGACGAAAUUGCCGUGUCUCUACUACAUGCUUCAAUGUGGUUUUUCAAAGACCUCAAAGAAAAUAAGCAUCAACCAACUCAAAAAUUUGCAUUCAAGAAACUUAUAUUUUAUCUUCUUGACAUGGCACACAUGAUAGCUCAGCGAUUUCUACAUCCUGGCAUGAAGCUGUAUGUUGGACGUAUUGCUUUAGCUGUUGCAUUGCAAACACUAAACAGAACUGAAGAUGUAGCUCUUGCAGAAGAUACAGAACUAAUUAGUGCAUUGCUACACAUGGUCACUUACAAUUCUCGCUUCGUCCCAUUCUGGAAUUUCCCCUCAGUUGUUCACGUUUCCAAAGCUGAAAAACUAAGUUCCAUUUCAGCAGAAUUCCACACAAAAUAUCUCGAUCGGCUCACGGAGACAGACAAAAAGCAAAGGCCUAUGACAGAGGCUGAACUACAGUAUCAGCUUUAUGAGAAUGAUCUUCGCUAUGUGCAUAAAGCAGAUUAUCCAGCAAGCUUACACGUAAAAGCUAUGAAGGAGCUUCUAGCAGAAAAAGGAUGGAAGAUGUCUGAUGUUUCCCGUUUAAUGACGUCACCCCUAAGUCCUCGUGAUACGGAAGGAUGGCUCAUUCAGCAACCCAAACUUGGACUUAAACAAGAAUUUGCCGAUAUCAAAGGAAUGAUAAUCAACCUUGAUAGCCAUAACCCUUCUAUCGAGUUAGUAGUUGUGCCAGCCGAUGAGACGAGAGGUCAUGUAGGAACUUGCAGUCAAACUGAUUUCCAGCAUGUCUUAUCAAUUGUCAAUGAUGAAGCUGACGAAAGUCUUUUCUUUAGUUUGGAUCAACCAGAUAAUCAGAAACGAUUUCACCCAUUUCAAGAAUUUCGAUAUACAUCAGAAAGUCUUUACGAGUCUGACUUGCUCCAUACAAUGUUUGAAACUGACUACCUAAUGAAGAGUUUCAGUGUUGGCACAGAUGUUUCAUCGAAUCCACCCUUCAAACAGAGACCGAACAAAGAAGGACUCACCAAAAACCUACCAAAACGGCUGCAAGAAAAGCUCAAACCAGUUUCAGAAAGGGGGACAACUCAAAACCAGGCACACCGUUUCUGGAUUCAAGCAGACAAGAUUGACUACCAUGAAGAACUGAACAAUAAUCGUCUUGAAAUCCGUCUUGGUGAAAUGGAUAUGAUUAUCAGAAGUCAUCCAUUGAUCCCCGGGGAAGAUGGCAAGCUCAGAGACACAGAAGAAGAUGACAUUCCAGAAAGCCCUGAGGCUAGAUUUGCAGCUGAUAUGACAGAAGUCUACAAUGAGCUAGGACUACACUUUCCAAUGUUCCUACGACUGAGACAGCUAGCAAAACUACAGGUAUUAGGUAAAUUUCUACGAUACAUACUGCAAGACCUGAAAGGAAAAUCUGAAGGCAAACAAGCAAUCCUCUUUACUGGAUAUCUAACCCAUAGCAAAGAACGUUAUGCAUCUUUCUCUAACCUUGUGAGAACACUAUGUCUACCUCACAAACAGACAAGCACCCUACCUUGCAAAUGGGUACCAGCGGCCUUACACAAAGAGAAGGAUGGAAACCAUCAUUCUUUAUGCUAUGGUGGUGUCUUGAUUACACCCAAAAUCAAUAAAGGAAAUGUAGCCAGAUUUCCGUUGCACAGUCAGUGUGUACUUAUUCCUCAAAGUGGUGCAGGACAGCAAACUGAAACUGGCUCAACACCAACUCAAAGUGGUGCAAAACUGCCAACUCAAAGUGGGACGAAACCACAAACUGACUCAACACCGCAAACUCAAAGUCAACAGGGUCAAGGUCCAAAAGGCCAAUUUUUGGGCACAAAACCAACUGCUUCUUUAACAAUACCAAAAGGAACAAAAUGGGAUGUUAGCAAAAAAGAUGACAAGAAGUGGACAAACUUCGAGAUGCAUGGCCAGAAAGCUUUCCUACUAUAUUAUGGUGAUGGCAAUCCACAUGCUCGAGCUUCUAAGCUUGUUUCCUGGACUGCUGUAGCUCUUGCUGCAUUUGGGGUGUCAACACUUAUUGACAUAUUCAGGGAGGGAAAAAUGGAGACGAAUAAAGCUUUAAGUGAACUAUCUAAGAGUUUAAAUGAAAAUCCAAGGUGUGAACAAACCCAGUGUAAGUCCUGUUCCCGUGCAUUAACUAAAAUUCAACCAGCAACUGAUAUCAAAACUACAAGUGGUCUCACUUACAAAAUAAUAAAUGAAGUGCCAAUGACUGCCAGAUACUGUGUAUACAAGGUCCAGUGUAAAAAAACUGGCAAAAUAUACAUCGGCAUGACAACAAGACAAGCCAACACACGUGUGAUAGAACAUCUCCGAGAUAUUAAAAAAGGGAAAGAAAAUAAAAUUCUAGCACGACAUUUCAACGCUCAGAAAUGCUUUGGUCAAUUUGAGGAUUUUAUGAACAUAACACCACUAGCAUAUGUUAGCAAUGAAACAAUGAAGCCAUACAAUUCUAGUGAAAGAACAAGAAUAAUGGAGUACAUUGAAUACCAACUAAUAGAUCUGUUUGGAGGAACGGAACACCUAUUGAAUCGAAUCAAACCUUGCAUCUCAUUCAGUAGGUUUGACAUCAAACCUAAACUAUACCAAUUGUUCAAUAUACGGGGGGACAACGUUUACAUCGAUGAUAAACCCGCUCUAACCAUCGCAUAAUAACUGAGAUGUGCACUAUUAUACAUGUUACAAUAGAGAAAAGUUUAUAGUUUAAAAAGAAGAACAUAAUUUUAAACCAGGUUAGUUUAACUUUGUUAUCUGAUGUCUGCUUAUUAGUUCAUGCUGUAUUAUAUUGAUUUAUACCCCAUGUUUCUGUUUCCACAUUAGUUGUUAUUGUACAAUUACCCAAUUUGAA